AUGCCGUGUAUGAGAAGGCGGGUCAGGAGGAAGAUGGAUGUUCUUGAGAACUUCGGCAUGUCUGGACGUACUUUCAAGCUGGUCUACUACGGCAAUAUCAUGUUGUGGGGUCUGCUCGUCACCUUUCUGGUCAUCUUCAUCAUCCUGGAGCUUGUGAAAGACAGCGCUCAUUCCCGGAGUGUGGACAGCCAAGCCACAGCCGAUUACUACAAGCUACUGGUACCAGACAUGAGGGAGAUUCUUCUAUGGGGAUACCAGGGUCGAGGGGUCAAGGUUAACGUCACAGGACUGUUUCCGGGUCAUUUGGAGGAGUAUGAGGAUGGAUUCAUGAAAUACAACUUGAACAAAUACCUUAGCGAUAGAAUAUCCAUGAGGCGACCUUUGCCGGAUGUCAGGGACGUUGAGUGUCGGCAGGUGACCUAUGACCUGCAUGACCUGCCAAAGGUCUCAGUUGUGGUGGUAUUUCGCAACGAGCCGAGGACCACUUUGCUGAGGAUGCUGUACAGUGUUGUUGAUAG